AUGCAGGCGCGAGAGGAUCUGCUUAUGAGCCAGCGCGGCAUGGUUUUUGCAGUCGCGGAUGUCUGGUAUAGCAUGUCAUUGUGGUGUCGUGAUCGCAAUCGGGCGAGCAGUUGGAUGACGCGCAUGCCGUCGGGCCCACUUGUGGCGCGGUCAGCCAUCUCGUUUCAAGCGGCCUGUGGUGGAGGGUGGAUGCGUGGUGGAUGGCGGAAAAGAGGGCCCAUCCCCAAAGCCAGGGCUCCGGCCGGCCUCCUUUCUGUUCCAGUUGUUCGCUGGCCGGCUGCCGAGUCAGUGUGGGUGUGCUUGGCUCAGACAAACCGUUCCGCAAAUCGCGCGCCAGGGCCGCCGUUCCAAGCCAGUACUGUGACACGGCUGCCGCCGCGCGGGAAGCGGAGCGACAUUUGCGUCACGUUGCGGGCGUACUGCAGCGUCCACCCGGAAGCUGGCGACGGCGCUGUGUGGAGAAGGAGAUGCAGAUCCGCAUCGUCAGACAUGAGGACCGGCGAGAGACUCCUCGCGGCGCCCCCACCCGCUGCAUCCCGGCAGCAGCAGCGGCCUCCCGCGGACGACUCGCGCCGACGAGACGCACGGGUGCAUGCCGGCGCAAGGCCCGACCGGCGGCAGGAUGAGGGCAUGGCAUGGGCAACUGCAGGCGCCGCGGAGGGGGCGUUCGCUGGCGCCGCGGAUGCCCAGCUGUCGCUUUCGUUGCCACCGUCGUACAAUACAUAG